AGGUCUAUGAGUCUCGAACUUGGUUAACACAAAAUGUAAUUGCGAAUUUACUACGUGAAGCUUAUUUGAUCGAACAUAAGUUUCGUAAUGUUUAGGUUUUUACGAAGUACCGAUAUAAAAGUGGACGCGCAUGGCAUUCCGGCAAUGUUAUAUGAGAGUUGUGUUUCUUGUUCACGCGCGUAUGUUCCCACCUGCUUGCGGACAUGUAUUUCCAUUGUUAGAGGGGUCAAUCGACUAUCUUGUCAAUAUAAUAGAUACUACUUGCCACCAGUUGAGCUGGACGUAUAAAGUAAUAAAAAAGGAGGAAGAAGAUGGCAGUUAUGGCAGUUCAUUCGAUUGAGGCUAGAAAGCGAUAAAUGACAUUUCUGAAAUGUUAGUUAGGUAGCUAACGUUAACUGGUGGCUACCUGGCUAGCUACCGUUAGCUAGCAAACAUUGUCCUGUUACAAACUACUUGUUUAACUAGCUAGACAUUUUACGUUUUUGAACUAACGUUACUAAUUAUACGUACAUGUGUAUAGCAUUAGCUAGACAUUUGACAUUAUUGAACUAACGUUACUAAUUACACGUAAAUGUGUAUAGCAUCAGCCAGUUAGCUUUCUAGUAGCGACCAUCCUAUAGCUCCCAUAGCUUGGCUGUGUAGCAUGAGCUAGCUAGGUUAGAUUGUUGUUGCCAGUCAUCACUCUCUUAUAAAAUAACAAAUGGCUGGGUUGGCGACUGUGACCACCCUUCGAUUGCCUAUAGGCAUACGGACAUUCAGUGAGUUGCGAGAUGUCUCUACAUUUGGCAAAAACCGGUUGAAUACAGUGUUGGGGCCAAGAAUACGGCUUCAACAGCCAAUCAGAUAUGUGACAUCUUGUGGCAUCCUUAUGACCAGGACCCCCAGGAUUCUUAUCCAUUUGGACAGGAGGACAACUAUCAUUCCCCCUAGCAGAACCUUCCUUAGUCUGGCCAACAAGAGGAAACAGUAUUCAGAACGAAGAAUCAUUGGUUACUCGAUGCAGGAGAUGUAUGAUGUGGUGGCCAACGUGGACGAUUAUAAGCACUUUGUUCCGUGGUGUAAGAAAUCUCAGUUCAUCAUGCAGAGAGCCAGCCAUGCUAAAGCCAAACUAGAAGUGGGUUUCCCCCCUAUAGUCGAGAGAUACACCUCCAUGAUCACCAAUGUGCGCCCUCAUCUAGUCAAGGCUGUAUGCACAGAUGGUAAACUGUUCAACCACUUGGAGACAAUAUGGCGUUUCAGCCCUGGAAUACCUGGUUAUCCCAGAACCUGUACUGUUGAUUUCUCUAUAUCUUUUGAGUUUCGCUCUUUGCUACACUCGCAGUUAGCGACAGUCUUCUUUGAUGAAGUCGUGAAGCAAAUGGUUGUUGCCUUCGAGCGCCGAGCUUGCACCAAGUUCGGCCCAGAGACUAAAAUACCCAGAGAACUCAUGUUCCAUGAGGUGAACCAAACGUGAGCCUCCAUGUGCUUGUACAUAUCUGGGAGAUUACACGUCUUCCCCACUUUCAACCCAUUGCGUUUUGUGGAUGACCAUUAGAUGACUGUUGUUGGACACGGUUGAAGUGGGGAAUGGAUCUCCAGCUUGUCUGCUUGAACAACACAGCCACCACUUGCAUGUGAAAAGAGCAUCAUUUCAGACUGGACCGUCCUCCGUAUGUACUGGAUUCUUAGGCCAUUCUCCUAUUUAUUGCCAUUUUGCUGCAGAGCCUGAUAUUUACUGAAGCAAAUUCCAUAUUUUGAUAGGUGUAAUGAAUUGUCAGGCUUUCAAGGUUAUUUUUACCAAUCCAGUAAAUACUUCAGCUAGUUAACUGGGGACUCAUAAGAGAACUGAACAUAAUAUAUUUUGGGUGAUCAGAAUUACCAUGUCACACCCAUUUGAUUUUCAUAAGAUGUUUUAACAGGUUUGAAUCCUGUCCACACAUUAAAUCUAUGUAAAAGUAUAAACACAACAAUUUUACUGUGUGUGUGUAUAUAAGGAAAUCAGUUAAUUGAAAUAAAUUCAUUAUGCCCUAAUCUAUAGAUUUCACGACUGGGAUUACAGAUAUGCAUCUGUUGGUCAGAUACCUUAAAAAAUUUGACCUCACAAUGGGGCUCAGGAUCUCGUCACACUAUCUCUGUGCAUUCAAAUUGCCAUCAAUAAACUGCAAUUGUGUUCCUUGUCCGUAGCUUAUGCCUGCCCAUAUCAUAACCCCACCGCCAUCAUGGGGCACUCUGUUCACAACACUGACAUCAGGAAACUGCUCGCCCACACGAUGCCAUAUACGUGGUUUACGGUUGCGAGGACGGUUGGAUGUACUGCAAAAUUCUCCAGAAUGACGGAGGUGGCUUAUGGUAGAGAAAUUAACAUUAAAUUCUUUGGUAACAGCUCUGGUGGACAUUGCUGUAGUCAGCAUGCCAAUUGCAUGCUCCCUCAACUUUAGAUCUGUGGCAUUGUGACACAACUGCACAUUUUAGUGGCAUUUUGUCCCCAGCACAAGGUGCACUCGUGUAAUGAUCAUGCUGUUUAAUCAGCUUCUUGAUAUGCUAUACCGGGCAGGUGGAUGGAUUAUCUUGGCAAAGGAAAAAUGCUCACAAACAGGGAUGUAAACAAAUUUGUGCACAACAUUUGAGAGCUUUUUGUGCAUAUGGACAAUUUCUGGGAUCUUUUAUUUCAGCUCAUGAAACGCAUGAUUAACACUUUACAUGUUUAUUUUUGUUCAGUGUAUUUAGGUUUUAAUUAGUGUAACCACAAAGAUAUUUAAGGACCACAGGAUGUUAUUAGUUGGUGACCUAAUUCUCAGACCAAGCCUAUGCCCACCCAUGGUUGCACCCCUUCACAGUCAUGUGAAAUCCAUAGAUUAGGGCCUAAUGAAUUUAUUGUAAGUGACUGAUUUGAACUCAGUAAAAUCUUUGAAAUUGUAUGUUGCGUUUAUUUUUGUAUAGUAUUAUGGCAGAUUGACAUUUGCCUAUGUGGUGUUUAAUUGUAAUAUUCUGAAUUCUAAUCACUCACAUUUAAUUAAAAGAUUGAAAGGGAGAUUUCUAUAUCGCUUUCCUAUAACAUUUGCCUUGAUGUUUAUUUUGGGGUAACGGGACAUUUUACAUUAACGUCAUAUUAAUCUCCAGCACCACCCCAACAAAUGUGAAAACGGCAUGUUUAUGUUUUGAAAAAGUUUACAAUGACAUCAGUGUGCAUCAUGAUUUUAACCAAUAAUGAGUAGGCAUUGCCUAAUAAUUGGAAACACUUAGAGCAAGAUAUCUUUUACUUCAAAACAUAAACACUCCAUUUUCACAUAGGUUGGGGUGGUGCUGGAGAUGUUGAAAAAAAGGGUGAUUCUGUUGGUGGGAAUCAGGGCUGUUUAGGUCCUGCCAGCAAUUACAACUCCUCAGUGCAUCCCUUUUAUGUAUGUAUUUUAGACUUUAAAACAAAAGCCAAUAAACUAAAGUACAACUUU